AUGUGUAAUUACGCCGUAGCCGUCAGUCUGCAGAGUGACGUGAUGGCGAGCGGGCUGGUAACACUGUGGUGGCUUCUCUCAUUUCUUGUGCUGACUACGGCACGGUCCUCCAUUGCCCACAAUGCAUCUGCCUCAUACCUGACCGAAACGCGUCUUCGUCAGCUGAUCGUGAGAGGCAACGGUAUCUAUGACAUGCUAGGACGGCCUGCCACUGCGCCCAACCACUCCGUUGUUGUUGAUCUUGCGCUCAACAUGUACGGCCUGAUAUCGAUGGACGAGAAAGCACAGGUUAUGACGGCCGCGUCAUGGUUGAAAUUGACAUGGCACGACUAUCGAGCUCGCUGGGAUCCAAUGGAUUAUGACAACAUCACUCAUCUGUCACUGGGCCAAAGUGAAAUAUGGACGCCCAAGAUUCUUCUGACUAACGAGGCAAGUGACAGGAUUCAUAACCCCGUUCCGGAGAGCGUCUUUUUAGCCCUGUUGAAGUGGGAUGGAACGGUCGAACUACAAGGUCCAGUCAUCCACAAGACGCAUUGCGCGAUGCAACUGUCGGAGUUUCCCUUCGAUCGGCAGACCUGCGGGCUGAUUUUUGCGUCCCAGAACAUGCCGAGGGACAUGAUGACUCUUCGUCCCGGCGCCAGCCAAAUGAAUAAUCUGGAGAUAACCAGUCAGUGGCGACCCCUCGGACUGGUCGGCAAUGUGGUUGAAUACGUCUUUGAUUCACAAACCUACCACGCAUUACUUGUGGAAUUCACCGCCGAGCGGCUGCCGCACUACAACCUGAUGAAUGUGGCCUUGCCGUCUGGUGCCAUGGCGUUCAUCUCGCUCUGGGUGUUCUGGCUACCCCCAGAGAGUGGAGAAAAAGUGUCUAUGGCCGUGUCCAUGUUGCUUGGCCAGGCCGUCUUCUGGCUGGUCGUGAUCGAGUCUCUGCCGAUCACGGGAGGCCAAGGCACGCCGAUCCUACUGAGCAGCAUCGAAAGUAACUUCCUCGUGGGCGGCCUGGCAAUCCUGCUCAGCGUGGUCACGGUCAGAGUGCACCACCGGCCCGGGCCACUUCGUGGGUGCCUGCUCCGGACGGUGUUCCUCCGCGUUCUGCCGGUGGUUGUCUGCGUUACGCGGGCAGGUACCGGGAGAGAGGUCGACGUGAGCGACUCGCCAACUCCGACAGACGCCAAGUAUACUCACGCGGUGGACGACGACGCGGUGGAGACGCUGGCCCUACCAGACGGUAAAGCUCAGGGCGUUCCGACAAGCACGGGAGAUAGAUUUUCAGUCAAGGUUGCCGAAUUGGAAUCCCGCGAAGAUCCCCAUAGUUGCUUCAAAGCCAUCAAAGACGAAAAUGAUUCAGAAGACAUGAAGCUGGUUGCAGCAGUGCUGGAUCGAUUCUUCUUCGUGAUUGCGGCGGUUUUGUUCAUUAACGGCAAUCUUCCGCUGAUUGUAAAAUGGAUGUCCAUGUAAAAGCAAAAUGGCUGUGACCUAUAUAGGAAGUUGCAUCAUAGUCUGAGAUGAUAUCCCAUGUUAUGGGAUAUCCAUGAUUGAAAAGCAUUCAAUUCAAUUCAAUUUAAUUCAAUUCAAAUGUAUUAGCACCUGAAGCUGAAUUACAAGUGUUUAUAUUGGUAAUCAUAGGUCAGUUUCGUAUAAAACGUAAAGUUACACAUUUUUUUGGUAAAAUAAAAAUAUUUUCUGAAACCAUUCCAAAUUCUUUUUAAACUUUAAAACGUGUUGGUCUCGGGGCCAGCUAAAAGGCAUGCUAAGAAUCCAUUUUUGUAGGAGUCUGGGUACCAGACGCAUCCCAUUUCCGUUUUUUUAGAGGUGAAGUAAAAACAUAUAUAUAGUAUUACACAUAAAUAAUGCACAAAAUAUCAGGCUCUCUCCUCCAUGAGUUAUGUUAGACAUAAUGUCAAGGAUCUACAUGGUGUUGGUAAUACUUUUUUGUAAAAAGAAAACAAAAAACACCUAUGUGAAUCAAAUAUUUGAACACUGGUGGUGGUCACGGCGGUCCGUGGGGAGUUUUAGAGUUUUUAGUUCAUUAGAGACACACUCUUGGAAAAAAUGGUGCGGUUAAC